AUGGGCCGCCGCAAGAUUGAGAUCAAGGCCAUCAAGGACGACCGCAACCGCUCCGUCACAUUUCUCAAGCGCAAGGGGGGCCUAUUCAAAAAGGCACAUGAGCUCUCGGUGCUCUGUUCGGUAGAUGUAGCCGUCAUCAUCUUCGGCCACAACAAGAAGCUCUACGAGUUUUCCUCGGGCGACAUCAACGAGACGAUUGGCCGCUACCAAUAUGUGCACAUGAACACAAGGGCCCUGAGGACUUCAUGGGCAAAAAGGAUGGCGACGACGACGACGACGAUGACGAAGAGGGCGCGCCUCCACGAGACUCCCACACCCCGCCCGAACACCCCGCCAUGA